AUGUCCGACGACGAUGACUUUAUGCAAGCAUCAGACGAAGAGAACUACGACUUCGAAUACGAGGACGAUGACGAUGCAGAGCAAGGCGGAGACGUCGAUGUUGAGAACAAGUACUACAAUGCAAAGCAGAUGAAGGCGGACAACCCCGAGGAGGCCGUCGAGGAGUUUCUGGGUGUGCCGGCAUUGGAGGAAGAAAAAGGCGAUUGGGGUUUCAAGGGUUUGAAGCAGGCCAUCAAGUUGGAAUUCAAACUCGGACGAUAUGAAAAGGCCGUCGAACACUACUCCGAACUCCUCACCUAUGUCAAGUCUGCGGUCACGCGCAACUACUCUGAAAAGUCGAUCAACAACAUGCUGGACUUCAUCGAGAAGAACGCAGAAGACGAUACCGCAAAUCAAUGCAUGGAGCAGUUCUAUUCCAAAACACUCGAUUCCUUCCAGGCCACCAACAAUGAGCGAUUAUGGCUGUCUACCAACACCAAGCUGGCUCGACUUUGGCUGGCACAAAAGGACUAUGUGAGGUUGACGGGCAAAGUGCGUGAGCUGCACAAGGCGUGCCAGCGUGAGGACGGCAGUGAUGACCCAAGCAAAGGCACGUACUCGAUGGAGGCGUAUGCCCUUGAGAUUCAGAUGUAUGCGGAAACGCGAAACAACAAGCGUCUCAAGGGACUGUACCAGCGGGCGCUCAAAGUGCGAUCAGCCGUGCCUCAUCCAAAGAUCAUGGGCAUCAUUCGCGAGUGUGGAGGCAAGAUGCAUAUGAGUGAAGAGAAUUGGAAGAGUGCCCAGAGUGACUUCUUUGAAUCCUUCCGGAACUAUGACGAGGCGGGCUCGCUUCAGCGCAUCCAAGUGCUCAAGUACCUUGUCCUCACGACCAUGUUGAUGGGAUCAGACAUCAAUCCUUUUGAUUCCCAAGAGACGAAGCCUUACAAGAAUGACCCACGCAUCGCCGCCAUGACGGAACUGGUCGAUGCAUACCAGCGAGACGACAUCCAUCAAUAUGAGACUGUCCUACAGAAGAACAAGGACCUGCUUGCGGACCCCUUCAUCGCCGAGAACAUUGAUGAGGUGACGCGCAACAUGCGUACCAAGGCCGUGGUCAAGCUUGUUGCACCGUACACACGCUUCCGGCUCGACUUCAUUGCGAAGCGGCUGAACAUUUCCAUCCCCGAGGUCCAAGACAUUGUUGGAUUCCUGAUCAUGGACAACAAGCUACGCGGCAAGAUCAACCAAGACGCCGGGACCGUUGAGAUUGAGAACGGAGCCGAUCUGGAUAGGAUGCACGCCGUGGCGGAGUGGACUGUGGCGAUUCGUUCGCUAGCAUCCUUUGUGCUCAACGAGAGUGAUGGUUUCAAGUCUGACGAGGGCGCUUCAGGCGGCCCGGCUGACAUUCUCCCCAGAUCGGACUACCUCGACGCGCCGAUGCCGUCGCGCGGCUCGUUAGGAGGUAGGCGGAAGCCGGGCAACCGAGGCGCGGGGRAGUGA